AUGGACGAGCACCCGACUCGGGAGCCGAGCACUUUCCCAUCCGGACUUUUCUUGUCGGCCUGGAAGCUUGGAUCGGCAGACACGGAAGUCGUCUGCACCGAAAAGGAGAUGCUGACCAGAGAACUCGCGCUCGAUCCAAUCAAGGGACUCGUGCUUGCCGCACAGGUAUCAGCAGCAGGCCUUACAGUCCUGCAAGCCGAUCGUGGACCACCCGCAGCUGUGGAUCAGUAUUCAUUUGGGAUCUCGGAAGACCAGGAAGUAGGGACGGUGAGCAUCUUAAUUGAUCGGGCAGCUGCAGACAGAAUGUACUUCUUGACUUGGUUCCACGGCCUUGACGACAAGGGACCUCGGAAGCCGGAUGGCUGGAAACCGGAAGACACCCAAUACCUGACGAUUGAGUUCCGAAGAGAAAAAUCUGCUAGCGCUGAUAAGGUCGCUGCCACAUAUUCCAUUGUCAAUGAGGCAAUCUUUGACGCUAACUGCAAGUGUGUUGUUGCGCACGAUCGACAAGGAGUUAAGCAACAAUGUUAUGUGGGUGUCCUCGAGGGCAACGACAACUGCAGCCGUGGCGAAAACUGCCAGUACCAACAUAAGAACUCCUACGGGUUUUUUGGAGCAGUCUUAGGACGAUGGCAGACUCCAACUAUUAUCCGAGAUGCGCUGAAGUUGAUGUUCGGGCAGCUACAAAAGAGCCAACGUAUCCCAAUCAAGCCGUCUGUCGAGGUUCUGGAGCUGGCGGUGGUGCCAGGACAGAGCUUCGGUGAAUUGUGUAAGUACUUAACCACUCAUCAGGUCGUCGACGCAGAGCCAUCUCCCGCUAUGGCUUCGGAAUCUCGAAGCGCGAAGAAAAAAAGGAACAGGGCAGAUUCGGGAUCACUGCAAGGCAGGGAGCCUCUCCGAAACUUUUCGGCGUUUGGGGGCCGAAGUACCGUGAAGAGUGCAGCUGCAACGCAGAGGCGGUAA